CAACUGUUUCAGUCUAACAAUAAACCCCCUCAAACUCAUUAAAGAUUUCGUUUGCAGUCAGUCAUGCCUUAUGAAAGUGUCAGCUAUGAUUUCGAGAUCACGACUGGUGGGCUAGGGACAAAGAGACAUCAGGCAUUCAUGAAAGAGUUCGAAAACACGGGGGCUUCCCGAUCCUACACGCUCAAGGUGCAAGAUGACAAAGCCUGUCUAACUCUUAAGUCUAUGGCGCCCCUCCAUUCCAGCGGCAUCCCAGAGGAUUUCAUGGCUUUGUCUGAUUGGUGGAAUAUAUACGGCCAGAACAUAAGCAAUGAUGUGUCAAAAGCAAAUGGAUCGACCUCUCUUGGCGUUUAUCAGGGCCCUGAUGGGCAAAAUUGGAUAGAUGGAAGCUGGACACGCUCCUAUGGAGAGUACAACAAGGAAGAUCGUAACAAGCGCGUGCAGCAAGCCCAACAAGAAUAUCCAGGCGCCAAAAUUCACGCCGACCCAUACGCUUGCAAUUUCAAACUGAUCGGAUAACUUGUCCAUUUUCGAGAACCAAAUCCCUUCGGACUUGGAACACUCGAGAACCUCCUCAAGCAAACGAUCACAUCUCAAACAUCUGUCCUGUCCCUCGCCGAUUCCCUAUGAAUUGUUAUGAGAUGACCCUACAGGCGGCUAGGAGGACCGGACUGGGAAGGUCAGACGAAGGAAGAAGAAUACUGGAACAGCCUCGCUGGCAAGGCUGACAGGUCACGUGAGGGCGCUCUGGGAUCUGUGUUCUGUCUGCUCUCUCUUCGCAGAGCACAGAGCACGGAUCAGGCAGAGCAGGGAACCACCGAAAAGGCUAUAUAGUUACGACUCACGACUCCAUAGUUCUAUAGUUUCCUUCUUCCGUAGUCAACUCAUGUUAUCAACUGCGAAAUACUGUUGUGACCCUUGAGCCCUCCAGGGUCCUGGGUGUCAUGGGUUAAACCCAAGGGAGUAACUACUCAGUUCAAAGAACCAGCGUCGACAGCAA